CACAUUAUGCAUGACGUGGAUCAAUAGACAGCCCAACUGGAAGUUCGCGCGAUUGAUUGAAUUGCUUUGAUCUUGCACAUUAGGCGUGCAGUCCAUGUAUUGAUACACUACACCUGACGAGAUCAGUUCAUUCGAGUUUUUUUUUGUUUUUGUCUCACUCUGCACAUCUAACGCUACAGAUACCUCACACAGUAUGGGAGCUUAGCCAUCAUCAAAUACAGGGUUCUUUCAUGUACUAAAGGCGGUGCUUAUCAAGAAUGAUGGAGAGAAUCUACGGAGGAGGUCAUCCUUUUUUCAGGCUUCUUCUUGUUCUUUGGAUGUAUACCAUGAUCCACUAUGCAGCUGGUCAGGAUUUCUCUUGUUCAUUAUCAAACAUGAACGUGUCAAUGGCGGUGGUUUGUGAUGGAUAUUACGACUGUGAUCAUUACGAGGAUGAAUUAAAUUGCAAUCAUCCAGCUAUUUAUCUAAAGGAAGGGGAAUUGCACUCAAUCUCCAUACCACGCAACUACGAUGUACGAUUUUACAAUGUAUACUGGCUGCAAACAAAUGAUACAUAUGGAUUUCGAGUCGUGUUUCAAGAUUUCUAUCUCAGUUCUACUAAUCAAGUCCAAAUAGGGACAGGCACUGAUCCAGCUGAUCUGCAGUCCGUCACCAAAACUAUCUCUGGAUCUACAUCUUGCUGUCCUUGGGAUGUCUACGUAGAGACCAAUAAGAUGUGGAUUGCUGUCAUAGGCGGUCUGACUUACACCAAUCUUGAGAUUGAAGCGGACAUCAUAGCUUUCAACCUUUCAACUCUGUUUAAUUGUCCAAUGAGCAAUAUGAACGUGUCAUCAGAUGUUCUCUGUGAUGGAGUGUAUAAUUGUGAUCAUUAUGAAGACGAAUCAACAUGCAAUUAUUCAACGACGUAUCUACAAGCGGGAGAAUCGCAUUCGUUCUCCAUACCACGCAACUACACGAUAGGAUUUUACCACGCAACCGUGCUCCAAACAAAUGAUACGAAUGGGUUUCGAAUCGUGUUCCAAUAUUUAUAUCUCUCUUCUAGUCAUCGAAUCCAAAUAGGGACAGGUACUGAUCCGUCUGAUCAACAAUCUGUCAUCACAACCAUCAAUGGAUACAGAUCCUGCUGCCCUGUUGAUAUCUACGUAUAUACAUAUAAGAUGUGGAUUGCUGUCAUAGGCGGACUGACUUACACCAAUCUUGAGAUUGAUGCGGACAUCGUUUCUUUCGAUCUUUCAACUCUGUUUAAUUGUCCAAUGAGUAAUAUGAACGUGUCAUCAGAUGUUCUCUGUGAUGGAGUGUACCAUUGCGAUCAUUAUGAAGACGAAUCAACAUGCAAUUAUUCAACGACGUAUCUACACGCAGGAGAAUCGCAUUCGUUCUCCAUACCACGCAACUACACGAGAGGAUUUUACCACGCAACCGUGCUCCAAACAAAUGAUACGAAUGGAUUUCGAAUCGUCUUCCAAGAUUUGUAUCUCUCUUAUAGUCAUCGAAUCCAAAUAGGGACAGGUACUGAUCCGUCUGAUCAACAAUCUGUCAUCACAACCAUCAAUGGAUACAGAUCCUGCUGCCCUGUUGAUAUCUACGUAUAUACAUAUCAGAUGUGGAUUGCUGUCAUAGGCGGACUGACUUACACCAAUCUUGAGAUUGAUGCGGACAUCGUUUCUUUCGAUCUUUCAACUCUGUUUAAUUGUCCAAUGAGCAAUAAGAACGUGUCAUCAGAUGUUCUCUGUGAUGGAGUGUACCAUUGUGAUCAUUAUGAAGACGAAUCAACAUGCAGUAAGUCAUUUAAAGAAAAAAAAAGUUUUUUGCCAUUUAUGCACCUAUGAUUUCAUUUUAAAAUUACUUCCAUUUUAC